AUGGAGAGCCACACAAAUUUCGCGCCAUAUAACAUGGCGCUCGACAACAUUGACCCAUCCGAGAUCGAUCAACUAUUGCAACAAAUGCAAUGGGAGCAGUCGAUCGACCAGCAAUUCUUCGCAGCGCCGGAGUAUGAAACAACCAACUUUGACCCGAACCUCUCGCCACUGUCUGGAUUUGCCAGCCCCAGCAGCAUGACAACAGGCAGCACGAACCAGAGCCCCUUAGUACCCACGCUAGACUACGAUAUGUCUUGCCCAGUAAACUCCUUCCUAGAUGAGGCUUCCAGCCUUUUCCCAGAGCUCAUGGAUUCUGCCGCCAACAUGCAAGCGGCCUGGAUGGGCCACGAGGCCCAGGGCUGUGAUGCCCUUUUUCAAAACCUCAGCGACGGGCAAGCCAAGGCUUUACCCGCAUCACCCGUGCACAAUCAAUUGUACCCGACUGGAGCUCCAGAUACAACAGUAUAUCAAAACGACCCAGCCUUGAGCCCAUAUCUCACCGCGGAACCACCAGCAAACACGUAUCAAACCUUGCCACCCACACCAUCAUCAUCACUACCAUCAUCAUCACAACAACCUACCACCGACCUAACAUGCUCCCACUGCGGGGCAACCUUCACCGACAAGACGAAACUAAAAGUCCACACCAACAAACACACCAAGCCGUUCCGGUGCUCGGCCGCGGGCUGCGACUACGCCACGGCGGAGAAGAAGAGCCUGCAGCGGCACCUGCUGGCCCGGUCCAAGUGGGACGGGGAGCACGGCGCCGCGGCGCAGCGCCAGGGCGUGAUGCAGGUCAAGCACCGCUGCCCGCGGCAGGGGUGCACGUACACUACGAUCCGCGAAGAUAACCUAAAGAGGCACAUUAAAACUUGUGGCCCGUGA